AUGGUCCUGUUAAGAGAUGUCGGGCUCAACAAGCUUACCGCACCACCGUCCAACUGGCUCAUGAAGACAGCGACCUACCUAUUCGGAGGUUUCGGCUCCAUCCUGUUCGUUGCAGCCAUCAUGGUGUUUGUUGCAUGGAAGCCUCUUGGUGACCCUCCUGCACUCGCCAACCUUGCGCUUGCCAUUGUCUUGGUACUGGUGUGGCUUAUCCAAGCGGCUUUCAGCUUCUGGCAAGACUUUUCAAGUGGCCGUGUCAUGGCAUCGAUCAACACUAUGCUUCCAGACCAAGCAAUGGUUCUCAGAGAAGGUAACUGGUCCAGUGUUGAAGGUACCAAACUUGUUCCCGGCGAUGUCCUCAAGAUAGGCAUGGGCAAUAAGGUACCGGCGGAUGUGAGAUUCUUCGACGUCUCUUCAGAUGCUCGUCUAGAUCGCUCCAUCUUGACAGGUGAGGUCAAGCCUCUGGUUGCGACUGUCAAGUCCACAGACUCGGACUUCCUGGAAACUGCAAACAUUGGUCUUGCCGGAACAAAUUGCACCACCGGUACUCUGUAUGGUAUCAUCAUCAGCACAGGUGACAACACUGUCUUCGGAAAGGUAUGCCGCUCCCAGCUACAAGGUUGA